AUGAAGUUGAAGAAUUUGCACGUUUUGAAUUUGUCCGGUGCAAAAAAUCAGAAUCUGCCAAUCUCAAUUGGCAAACUGAGACACUUGAGGUACAUUAACUUUGAGGAUUCCACAAGUGAAACUUUGCCGGAAUCUGUUUGCAAACUUUAUAAUUUGCAGACACUGAGGCUAAAUAGUCACUUUCUUAAAGUUCUUCCGAAGGGGAUGCGCGAUUUGAUUAGCUUGAGACAUCUCCACCUUUACAUCAUGGAUAAAGCAUUUCAAAUGCCGCUAGAGAUGGGACGGCUGACUUGCCUUCAGACGCUGGAGUUCUUUAACGUGGGUCGAGAGAAGGGUCGACGAAUUGGAGAGCUUGGAAGCUUGAAGAACCUCAAAGGCAGUUUAACUAUACGCAAUCUGGAACUAGCAAAGGAUAAGGAAGAAGCUGAGGAAGCAAAACUAUCUGAAAAGGCAAAUCUAUUUAGGCUGCAACUUGAGUGGGCCUACAACCGAGAAGGCGACAACUACAACGACAAAGAUGUGUUAGAUGGCCUUCGACCCCAUUCAAAUUUGGAGGAGUUGGAGCUUCGGGUUUUUGCUUGCGACAAUCUUAUCUCCUUUCCACUUGAUUUGCGACAAACGCCUUCUCUCUUGGAGCUGGGAUUAUAUUGGUGUCCCAAACUGAAAACAAGCAUGACGCCCAGAGGAUUUGAUGAUCAUGAAAAUUCUUCAAUUUACAAUGAGUUUGAUUGGUCUGGAUUGAUAUCCUCCUCCUCCUCUUCGUCAUCCGCACUCCGUGAAUUAGACUUAUAUGGGUUGCCAUACAUGGAGUCCCUGCCACCUCAGAUCCAAUACUUGACCACUAUGACGUCACUAACGCUAUAUCAAUUUGGAGGUAUAAAAGCUCUGCCAGAUUGGUUCGGAAACUUUGCGGCUCUUGAAGACUUGCACUUAUGGUUUUUCAAAGAGCUUGGACAUCUACCCUCUGAGGAUGCCAUGAGAAGUCUCACCAAAUUAAAACGUCUGGAGGUUUAUGGUUCUCCUCUGUUAAAAGAAAGAUGCACUCCUGAGAGCAGCGGCGCCGACUCCCAGUGGUCCAAAGUUUCUCACAUUCAACACCUAGACAUAACCGAUUAA